AUAUUGUGGUUUGUGGUACAAACAGGUUCAAAGAGUUUGGCACUCUUUGACGUGAUGUGAGCAUCAUGGCGGCCAGAGCGUUAGGAUCGAUCCUGCGUAAAAAUGCCGGAUUUUUCGGCGCAGGCAGAUUGUUGACAUCAAAUAACGCACCGGCAAUCGUCAAUAUCCAACAUCGCAACGGUCAUCAAUGGAAUCCGGACGCGGAGUUCAUCGAGUCGUUCAACAAGCCGUUAGUGUACAGCGAUGAGAAGCUCGACUGGAAGCCACCGACGAAGGAGUCUGCUCUUGCACAUCCGGAAGUAGCUCAACAAACCAUAGAGAAUAUAAAGCUCAACUUUGGCCCCCAACAUCCAGCCGCUCACGGUGUACUCCGGCUGAUCCUGGAGCUAGACGGCGAGAUCGUGAUCAGCGCGGAUCCACAUAUCGGUCUUCUGCAUCGCGGUACUGAGAAGCUGAUCGAGUAUAAGACCUAUAUGCAAGCACUGCCUUACUUUGAUCGCUUGGAUUAUGUGUCCAUGAUGUGCAACGAGCAGUGCUUCUCUCUGGCGAUAGAGAAGUUGCUCAACAUAGAUGUACCUCUGCGCGCAAAGUACAUUCGAGUUCUCUUUGCGGAAAUUACGAGGAUUCUCAAUCACAUUAUGGGCAUUGGAACACACGCGUUGGACAUUGGUGCUCUCACGCCCUUUUUCUGGCUGUUCGAGGAGCGCGAGAAGCUGAUGGAGUUUUAUGAACGUGUGAGCGGCGCUCGCAUGCAUGCAGCCUACAUACGACCCGGUGGAGUCUCGCUUGAUUUGCCAUUGGGUAUAAUGGACGACAUAUAUGCGUGGGCCUCGAAGUACGCGGAGCGAGUGGAUGAAGUAGAAGAUCUAUUGACGGAAAACAGAAUCUGGCGGCAACGUACGACCGAUAUCGGUGUUGUGUCCGCAGAGGACGCGCUCAAUUGGGGUUUCAGCGGCGUUAUGUUACGAGGUUCUGGAAUAAAGUGGGAUCUGAGGAAAGUUGCACCUUAUGACGCUUACGAUCGGGUCGAUUUUGACGUUCCAGUUGGCACGAACGGUGAUUGCUACGACAGGUAUCUAUGCCGCGUCGAGGAAAUGCGUCAGUCUCUGCGCAUCAUUCAUCAGUGCUUGAAUGACAUGCCCGAAGGCGAGAUACGAUGCGACGACGCCAAGAUAGUGCCACCGCGGCGGGAGGAGAUGAAAACUAGCAUGGAGGCCCUUAUCCAUCACUUCAAGUUGUUCACCCAAGGUUUCCAGGUUCCGCCGGGAGCGACUUAUACCGCGAUCGAGGCACCGAAGGGCGAGUUCGGUGUUUAUCUCGUGAGCGAUGGCAGCAGCAAGCCAUAUCGGUGCAAGAUUAAAGCGCCGGGCUUUGCUCACUUGGCGGGUCUCCAAUACAUAGGACCCAAACAUUUUCUCGCCGAUAUAGUCGCCAUCAUCGGUACACUAGACGUGGUAUUUGGCGAGAUCGAUAGAUAAGUUCUUUGAUAGUCGAUAGUAAUUUAUAUAGUAUAAACGUAUAUCUAAAAAAAAUAACGUAAGAUAGAAUCUAUGUAUAUUAUAUAUAAAAGCGUGAUAUACACAUUUGUACGUGUAUUAUACAUUGUAUGUAUGAUACACAUUUAUGUGUAAUCGCGCGCAUGUGACUACGCGGUGAGCGUAUGAAUAUUGUAUAUAUCUCGUUGCAAUAAAAAGGAAAAAUGUAACAAUUUAAA